CGCAGCAUCGCUGACGAGCCUUCCAAGUAAACAGCUGCUGCUUUCUGUCAGCGACACCUCGGCGUCUAACAACAUGGAGGCAAGACUUCCACCCUGAAGGACCUUCGUCUACUCGGCUUAUGUUCCCCGGGGGUGUUUGCUUGGCCCCAAGAAGAUGCUGUGCCUUAAAGUCCACUUUGGCCAGACACUUGUUAGCUAGCGAACGGCGACUGCUAACGCUAGCUUAGCUCGGCUAACUUGCUCGCACGCCGGCGGGUUUUAAUUUAGUUUAUUUUGUUGUCAAUAUGGCGCACAUUCACUACAAGUUCUCCUCCAAGCUCAGCUACGACACGCUGCUGUUCGACGGGCCGCACAUCUCCCUGGCCGACCUGAAGGAGCAGAUUAUGGGCAGGGAGAAGCUGCGAGCCGGCUGCGACCUGCAGAUCACCAACGCGCAAACCAAAGAAGAGUACACGGAGGAGGGAGGUCUCAUCCCCAAAGGAUCUUCCGUGAUUGUCCGAAGGGUCCCUGGAGUCCGGAGUGGUCCAGUGAAGAAGACUCUCAACAUUGAGAGAUUAGAUGUCCACAGUCACCGCAUCUCUGGAAACAUCAGAGCAAUGGACGACCACAGCUCCACCAACGCUUUGCCUUUAUUCUCCAAGAUGGUGAACCUGGCAGAUGCCGACGUGCCGGAGGAUGAGAAGAUCAAAGUGGUGAUGAACCAGUCCUCGUACGACCCCACGCUAUACCACAAGACGUUUGGUGCACCGCUGCCUGCGAACUACACCUGCUACCGCUGUGGCAACACCGGACAUCAUAUCAGGCACUGUCCCACCAGCGGGGAUAAAAACUUUGAAGCUCCUCCGAAGAUGAAGAAGAGCACGGGCAUCCCUCGUUCCUUCAUGUUUGAGGUGGACGACCCGACCACCAAGGGGGCCAUGCUGACCAACUGUGGACGUUACGCAAUCCCUGCCAUAGAUGCUGAGGCGUACGCCGUGGGCAAGAAGGAGAAGCAUCCGUUUAUCCACCAAGAGCCUGAGCCAGAGGAGGAGAAGGAAGCUGUGCCUGAAGAACUGCAGUGUCUGAUCUGUGGUGACCUGCUGGUGGACGCCGUGGUCAUUCCCUGCUGCGGGAACAGUUACUGCGACGACUGUAUUCGCACCGCCCUGCUGGAGUCCGAGGGACACGUCUGUCCCACCUGCAACCUAGCGGACGUCUCCCCCGACUCGUUGAUCACCAAUAAAUUCCUCAGACAGGCUGUGAAUAACUUCAAGAAGGAGAAGGGCUACAGCAGAAGUCUGGGAAAGACGUCUACCGCUCCCCAGUCCCUGGGUUCCGCGCCAACACCGAGUCCUGUGCCCCACAAAAUCCACCUGUUGAACAACACUCUGCAGUCUGAGAUCAGCCAGCCUGGGGCUCAUUCUGCAGUCAGCCUACCAAACCAGCUACCUUCCAAUGAAACAAAGACACAAGAUCCUUUGGUCCCUUCUGUGCUGCCAUCAAACCAAGCUUGCACGCCUGUUCACACCGACCCCAAGCAGCACGCAGGUCCAGGCCCAGGCAGCAUGUACAGCAGCUCCUCCUCGUCCUCAGUUUGUCCCACUGGACUCCCUGCUGAACCCCCCUCCUCCUCCCACCCACCCGCUCUGCCUCCUCUGUUCUCCAGCCAUCACUUCCAUCCCUUCCACCCAGGUCAGCGACACCCAAGUCAUCCCAACUGGACUCAGCCGAGCCCUCAGGUGCCCCACAUGCCUCCCCUCCUGCCCUCCUCCAUGCCUCCCCUCACCCAGAGGGACUGGUUCAGUCAUCAGCACCAAGAGAGAGAAAGGUCUCCGCACGCACGGUCCUCCCGCAGACACUCCUCUCGUUCCAAGUCCAAAUCCUCUCGCUCUUCCAGCAGAUCCAGUCGAUCCCGGUCCAGAUCUCAUGGCAGAUCAAGACCCAGGUCCCCGUACUCCCGGCACAAAGUCCCGCACAGUCGCUCCUACAGCUACGGCUACAAGAGGUCCCGCUCGCCCACGCCGUCCUCCUCAUCUUCACCCCGCCAGGGCUCCCAAUCCGAGCGUAGACACCGCCAUCACAGCAAAAGGUCUUCUCACAGCAGCCACAAAUCCAGCAGACGAGCGGACCACUCGCCAUCGCCAGGGAGGACGACGACGGGCGACCCCGGUCGGCGUCACGCCAGCCUGGACGCUGGGGGCGAUCACUACCAGCAGUGGAAGCUCCAGUACAAGGAGUGGUACGAGAAGUACUUCAGCAGCUACGUCAGCCACUACCACCACCUGCCACCUCCACUCCUCUCCCUUCCUCCUCCCCCGAAUCCCAUGUGGGCGGAGCAAGUGGAGAACCAAGCCAGCCGCGGGUUGGACGCCCCUGCGGCGGACCGCCGCUCCCCUCCGUCCCAGUCGUCCAGCGAGAGUCGCUCUGCCUCAUCCAGUCGCUCUCCGCCGUCUGCCUCUUCCAGCGACUGCAGCUCGCCGCCGUCUGAAGGCUCCGCCCCUCGGCGGGGGAGUGCCAAGAAGGACCGCCACGCACAUUUCAAAAGCGAGCGCAAGAGGACGAGGAAGGACGAAGACGAAAAGACGUGUUCGGCGGACGUCAAGGACAGGAAGGAGAAGAAGAAGCGUCGCACCGAGUCCAUGGCGGCCGGCGACCAAAUUGACCUGCGAGCUGAGAGAAAGGGGGAAGGAAAAGAAAGAGAAGGUGCAAAGAAAAGUAGAAGAGGCCAGGAUGAGGAGAGGCGUCGCAGCAAAGGGGAGAAGGACUCGCACUCUGAGGGCGGAAGGAUAGAACGGGAGGACCAGAAGAAAAGGAACAGAGAGAGUGGCGGGAAGAAAGCACUUCCUGUCAGAACCACGGACAUCUGGCAGCCGGGGAUGAAAGUGAAACCGCAGAAGAAAAUUAGCAUCAACAUCAAUCUGGACGGUAAGAAACCCGCAGAAAAAAGUCAAAUACGACAAUCGUCUCCUUCUGAGAGGACGGUGGAGAAACCCCAGGAAGACAUGGAGGUGAUGGGAGAUGAUGACACGUCACAGGCAAACAUUCCAGACGCUGAACUAGAAAGCAAAGCCGUGGGAGAAGAAGAUGAAGAUGUCACCUUGUCACUGGAGCAGGAGGAACCUACAGCUGAGGAAGAAAUACGUGUGGAGGACAUCUGGCAGGCGGGGAUGAAAGUGAAACCGCAGAAGAAAAUUAGCAUCAACAUCAAUCUGGACGGGAAGAAGCCCGCAGAAAAAAGUCAAAUACGGCAAAUGUCUCCUUCUGAGAGGACGGUGGAGAAACCCCAGGAAGACAUGGAGGUGAUGGAAGAUGGUGACACGUCACAGGCAAACAUUCCAGACGCUGAACUAGAAAGCAAAGCCGUGGGAGAAGAAGAUGAAGAUAUCACCUUGUCACUGGAGCAGGAGGAACCUACAGCUGAGGAAGAAAUACGUGUGGAGAACAUCAGCCAUGAGGAGGACGUGACUGAAGAUGGUGACACGUUGAAGGCAGAACCUUCAGAAACUGAACCAGAAAGCAAAGCAGUGGGAGAAGAUUAUGAAGAUGUCACCAUGUCACUGGAGCAGGAGGAAGAAUCCACUGUGGGACAGAAAGAAGAUGGUGACACGUCACAGGGAAACAUUCCAGACUCUGAACAUCAGCAAGAGACUGAAACAGACCGAGAAAACAAACAAGUGAAAAAAGAUGAAAACAAGGUAGAAGAUGUCAUCAUGUCACUGGAGCAGGAGGAACCUACAGCUGAGGAAGAAAUACGUGUGGAGAAUAUCAGCCAAGAGGGGGACGUGACUGAAGAUGGUGACAAGUUGGAGGCAGAACCUUCAGAAAGUGAACAAGAAUGCAAAGCAGUAGAAAAAAAAGAUGAAGAUGUCACCAUGUCACUGGAGCAGGAGGAACCUACAGCUGAGGAAGAAAUAAGUCUGGAGAAUAUCAGCCAAGAAGAGGACGUGACUGAAGAUGGUGACAAGUUGGAGGCCAAGAUUCCAGACUCUGAACAUAAGCAAGAGACUCAAACCAACCAAGAAAGCAAACAACUGAAAGAAGAUGAAAAUAAUUUAGAAGAGGUCAUCACGUCUCUCGAGCAGGAGGAACUUACAGCUGACAAAGAAAUAAGUGUGGAGGACGUGACUGAAGAUGGUGACAAGUUGGAGGCAGAACCUUCAGAAAGUGAACCAGAAAGCAAAGCAGUAGAAAAAGAGGAUGAAGAUGUCACCUUGUCACUGGAGCAGGAGGAACCUACAGCUGACAAAGAAAUAAGUCUGGAGAAUAUCAGCAAAUGGCAGGAAGUGACUGAAGAUGGUGACAAUUUGGAGGCCAAGAUUCCAGGAAGUGAACAUCAGCAAGAGACAGAAACAGGCCGACAAGUGAAAAAAGACAAAAACAAUUUAGAAGAUGUCAUCAUGUCUCUCAAGCAGGAGGAACUUAGAGCUGACAAAGAACUGAUUGUGGAAAACUGCAGCAAUGAGGAGAUGUUUCCACCUGAUGAGCUGCAAGGAGCAGAGAAGACUCCAGAAGCUGAGAGAGCGGAUGAGAGCGUGAAGGAGGAGGAAGAGGACAGGAGUGAGACAAAGGGAGACCAAGAAUGUGUCACUACUGAAGAUGAGCGCACACGUGAGGAAAACUUGCCAGCAAACUGGAAAGAGGAAGUAAAGAUGAUGAAGAUCAGCCAUGAAGAAGAUGCUCUGAUGAGGAUGUCACACUCCAGUGAAGAAGAAGACAAAGCUGACAGCGGCACUCUCCCAGCGGACUGCACAGGAAGUGAGGAGUUUGCAGAGGCAACGGUUGCCAUGACGACGCCCCCACGGCAACACCUGCGCCAUGAAGGCCUCGUCAUACGUGAAGUCGUGCAGGUUCCCUUCUUGCAGUACGAGAAAGAAGACGGUGAUGACGACCAACAGGAAGUCCUUUCAUCAUCACAGAGUCUGGACCAGAAGACCACCAUGGAAGGUGCUGAGAAAGCAAGUCCCUCUAGUGGUGGUGACAUCAGGGACGAGGAGUCUUCAAGUAAUUUCUUGUCCAAUCAUCACGCUGACCAGGACACGGCACAGGAAGAUGGACUCUUGCUUCUUCUCGGUGGAAACUCAAAGAAGGAUCCUGCAAGUACGGACCACCACCACGACCGACCUUCUCGCUCUCACGCCUCAGGAAGACCACAAGGACGCUCGGAGCUCAGCUGGUCCAGGAUCAGCGCCGCCAGACCCUCUGUGAGCCGCAGGGCCGAGAGGUCGAGACCCAAAGCCGAAAGCCGGGAGGAGCAGUGGAGGAAGUACAAGCUGGAGAAGAUGCUGAAGGAAGGCCAGGAGGAGAGAGCGAGGAAGGAGGAAGACCAGGACCAAGGCGAGAGACGGGAGAGUAGUCUUUGCUCCUCAUCCAGCGUGAAGAUGAGCCAAGAUGUGAGGAGGACAAAGAAGCACCAGAAGGAGAAAAGUUCUUCCCUGGUGGUGAUUCCUCCAUGAACUUUUUGCACUUUAUUAUUCUUUAGAAUGAAUCAUGAAUCUAUGAUUGAACUGCCAUCACUGAAUGAAUGAUUAUUCAUCAUUCAUGUAUUCAUGCUGUGGGUUUUCUUAUUUCCACUUUUCAUUUGGGAAAAUAAUUACUUGCUGCUAAUGAGCUGAAACAGCGUUUUUUUUUUCUUCCUGUUUUGAUGGAAAUAAAAUAAAAGUUGCGAAUGAA